GGGCGGGCUGGGCGUGGGGGGGGGCCGGCGGCUGCGGCACCUUUAAGACAAGGGAGGACCCCUCUUGCCCUCGGAGAAACCAGGAAGGGAGUCGCGAGCAUCAUACGGGGCUUUGGCUGUACUGUACAGUUACUGUAGGGCAGUGACGCCGCCGCCGCCGCCGGAGCGAGGGAGCGACGAGGGGAGAGCGCGAGAGGCGGAGAGCCGGAGACGCGGACCCCGGAGGCGAGCGGCCGAGGAGCCCAGUCCCAACUCCGGGCCCCGGCCCCUCGCGCCCCGGCCCGGCCCGGCCCCGGCCCGGCCGCGCGAGGUCUCGGCGCGGAAGAUGGCCGGCGGCGUGGACGGCCCCAUCGGGAUCCCGUUCCCUGACCACAGCAGCGACAUCCUGAGCGGGCUCAACGAGCAGCGGACGCAGGGCCUGCUGUGCGACGUGGUGAUCCUGGUGGAGGGCCGCGAGUUCCCCACGCACCGCUCCGUGCUGGCGGCCUGCAGCCAGUACUUCAAGAAGCUGUUCACGUCGGGCGCCGUGGUGGACCAGCAGAACGUGUACGAGAUCGACUUCGUCAGCGCCGAGGCGCUCACGGCCCUCAUGGACUUCGCCUACACGGCCACGCUCACCGUCAGCACGGCCAACGUGGGCGACAUCCUGAGCGCCGCCCGCCUGCUCGAGAUCCCCGCCGUGAGCCACGUGUGCGCCGACCUCCUCGACCGGCAGAUCCUGGCGGCCGACGCGGGCGCCGACGCCGGGCAGCUGGACCUCGUGGAUCAGACCGACCAGCGGAACCUGCUCCGGGCCAAGGAGUACCUCGAGUUCUUCCAGAGCAACCCCAUGAACAGCCUGCCCCCCGCCGCCGCCGCCGCCUUCCCCUGGUCCGCCUUCGGCGCGUCCGACGACGACCUGGACGCCACCAAGGAGGCCGUGGCCGCGGCCGUGGCCGCCGUGGCCGCCGGCGACUGCAACGGCUUGGACUUCUACGGGCCGGGACCGCCGGCCGAUCGGCCCUCGGCCGGGGACGGGGACGAGGGCGACAGCAACCCGGGUCUGUGGCCGGAGCGGGACGAGGACGCCCCUGCCGGGGGCCUCUUCCCGCCCCCCGUGGCCCCGCCGGCCGCCGCCACGCAGAACGGCCACUACGGCCGGGCCGGGGAGGAGGAGGCGGCCUCGCUGUCCGAGGCGGCCCCUGAGCCAGGCGACUCUCCGGGCUUCCUCUCAGGCGCGGCCGAGGACGGGGACGGGGACGGGCCCGACGCGGACGGGCUGGCGGCCAGCACGCUGCUGCAGCAGAUGAUGUCGUCGGUGGGCCGGGCGGGGGCGGCGGCGGCGGGGGACAGCGACGAGGAGUCGCGGGCGGACGACAAGGGCGUCGUGGACUACUACCUGAAGUAUUUCAGCGGCGCCCACGACGGGGAUGUGUACCCGGCCUGGUCGCAGAAGGUGGAAAAGAAGAUCCGGGCCAAGGCUUUCCAGAAGUGCCCCAUCUGCGAGAAGGUCAUCCAGGGCGCCGGCAAGCUGCCGCGGCACAUCCGGACCCACACCGGGGAGAAGCCGUACGAGUGCAACAUCUGCAAGGUCCGCUUCACCAGGCAGGACAAGCUGAAAGUGCACAUGAGGAAGCACACGGGCGAGAAGCCGUACCUGUGCCAGCAGUGCGGGGCGGCCUUCGCGCACAACUACGACCUGAAGAACCACAUGCGUGUGCACACCGGCCUGCGCCCCUACCAGUGCGACAGCUGCUGCAAGACCUUCGUCCGCUCCGACCACCUGCACAGACACCUCAAGAAGGACGGCUGCAACGGCGUCCCCUCGCGCCGCGGCCGCAAGCCCCGCGUGCGGGGCGGGGGGCUCGGGGGGCCCGACCCGUCCCCCUCCCCGGGCGCCGCCGCCCCGCCCGGCGCCCCGGCCCCGCCCGGCUCCCCCGACGCCCCGCGCAACGGCCGGGAGAAGCACUUUAAGGACGAGGAGGAGGACGAGGAGGAGGCCCCCGACGGCCUGAGCAGGGUGAAUGUAGCGGGCGCCGGCGGAGGGGGGGGCGAUGGGGGCGCCGGGGCCCCCGCCGAGGGCAGCUUCGCGGCCGGACUUGCCUGAAAACCAAAAAGAGAAAACAGAAACCCGAGAGAGAGAGAGAGAGAGAGACAGAGAGAGAGAGAGAGAGAGAGAGAGAGAGAAUCACCCACCACCCCCCCAAAAAACACAAAAAAAGAAAAUCUAUCUAUAUACAGAUAUCUAUAUCUAUAUAUAUAUAUACAGAUAUAUAUAUAUGAAGCGUCACAGAAUCUAGGGUAGUGCUUUUCUCAGAGUUUUCUCCUUCAUGAUGUUCUCUCCCUCCACGGGGACCCUCGCCCCCGCUCCGGCUCCCCGUCCCCCCCACCCCGUCGAUGGCUUUCGGGGCUCGGUUUGGGGUUUUUGUGGGACACAGGGAUUCGGACGCCCCCGCCCCCCGGGACAACCCUGGCGCAGCGUCCGGGGUCCCCUCUGAGGCCUGGUCAGGGCCCCGGGCCCCAGGUGGGGGUGAGGGUGGCCGCGGGGGGCGCUGGGGAGCGGGGCGGGCUUUUGUUUUCAUCCCCUCGCUGGUUUCUACGAGUCUUUCAGACAGGACCUUAAAUGAUCUCUGUCCACUGUGAGUGGACGUUAAAAUGCACCCCGUCCCCACCCCCACCCUCCUUCCUCAGGGCACUUACUAAGUGGGGGUCCCCCCCCACCGAUCUCCCCGACGGCCUCCCCGCCUCCCGUUCCUGCCUGUGGUCCUCUGUGUCUCCUGGCCGCUGUGACACAAAUCUAUUUAUUUCCAGGCCUGGAGAGAGGGGAGCUGGUGGGGGGGGUCGCCACGGCGGCUCCAGGGGGCUCCCGCCGCCUCCCUUCACGGCACUUACACCCCGGCGGGCCCCCCACCCCGACCCCACCCCGGACCGCCGCUCAGGGCGCCCCGCCACCCCGGCUGCGCUUCCCGACCCAGGCCGCCCAGACCCCACGAGAUGUUUGGAGAUUCAAAACUGUUUUGUCUUCACCGCCCGCCCGCCCCCAGCCCUCUCCCGAGUUUUUAAAGCACUUUUUAGAUUUUUUUUUCCUCCUUAAAAAAAAAACAAACAAACAAAAUUUAUAUAUAGAUAUAUAUAGAUAUAUAUAUAUAAAAUAUACUUUCCUCAGAGGAGCAGGCGACAGUGUGGGGUGGACGAGCCCAGAGCAGAGGGAGCCCAGGGUCUCACGGUGGCAGGGAGGAGGGGAGAGAGUCCAGAAGUUCCAGUGUCACAAAAGCAAUAAAAACAAGAUUUUACAAAACGAAAGGAAAAAACAAAAAAAAACAAAAAACAAACAAAAAAAAAAGGAAAAAAAAAAGACAACCAACCACAAAUAGAAGUCUUGGCACUUUGUAACAGAACGGGUACUACACUUUAUCUUAAUUCUUAAUUUAAAAACAUGUUUACAAGUUGCAACCAACUUCUAUGAAAAGUCGAAAAGACAAAAAAAAACAAAAAUAAAAGAGAGAGAGCGAGCGAGAGAGAGCGAGCGAGCGAGAGAGCAAAUUCCUAAAAGUCAAUUUAUUUUUGUACAAAAUAAUAAAAAAAAAAACCCACCACAGAUGCAGAAUCCACUUCUGUUCCCCGAGGUGAGGCGGGGUCAGGAAGGCACGGGCCGAGGUCCCCGGGCUCCUCUCUCGGGGCUUCGCCGCGGGGGGCUUGCCUUGCAGGCAGGACCGCCGGGUUUUUGUGUUUCUGCCGUGUCCCCCCACCCCCACCCCCACCCCGUCCCCUUUUUGGUUCUGAUUCUGAGAAGUCUCAUCACCCGCCAGCCAUACGAUGGCCGCCCGUGUCCGCGGGGACCCUCCUUACUGACUCCCCAGCUCAGGGACGGACCGAGAGAGGGCUGGCCUUCCGACCAGCCGGAGCAACCCCCCCACUUUGGGGCUCCCCCUCAGCAUGGCUGCCCCCCCCCCCCCCCCCCGCCGCCGUGGCCGCCAAGGAGCCGCCAUCUAGGACAUGCCAUCCCCGUCGAGGUGGGUGACGGGGCCCCACCUCCAGGGCCUUACAUCCCCCAGGCACCCCUCUUUUUAUUCAAAGGCACUGACUGUAAUCUGGGGGCCGGCACCCGCCUCCCCCCAGCCUCUGGCCCCCCAAAAGGCCCGGUAUCGACCGAGCCACAGGCCACGGACGGGGGCCAGGGCUGGGGGGACCGUGUCGCCAGAGGCCAGGGCACCCUCACCCCGACGCCCUCUCGCAUAUGCAAUGCCUAGCGUGGGACCCUGUAAAUAGACGCUCUGCCAAGCCGAGACCCUCCCCCAUCAAAGCCCAAGGUGAGGGGUGCCCCUGCCCCCCCUCCAGCUGCUGGUCCAUCUCCCCGCACCCCUUGGCUCUGUGACAGACCCCGUCUUCUCGUCUUUUCUUUCUUUCUUUUUUUUUUUUUAAAGGGAAGCUUUUUAAGAAGGCAACUUUCAUCAUUGUUUCUACAGGAUAGUUUUCGUGCCCCACCCCACCCCCCGGGCCCAUCAGCCCCCCAAAUGUCUCAGGACCCCCCCUCCUGAGGGGGGUGGCAGGGGAGCCCAGGGCCGGGUGGCCUCGCUCUUUCGGAGAACCAUCUGUGGAGGCCAAGCAGGGAGCUCAAGCGCCCAGGCCAGGGACCCCCGCCCCCACCCCGGCCAAGAGGUUCCCUGAGGGCGCGGCCCUCUCCCCCUGCCCUACCCCAUACACCCCCCUCGCAAUAAAACCAACUGAAAAAUCACAGCUGUCGUCCUGGCCAGUGGGGGCGACUGGAUUGGGGGAUCGAGGCCUCUGGGACUAUGGCGGGGGAAGGGCUGAACCCCCCCCGCCGAGCACACUUUUAACACAGACUUCCUCGGGAAUUGCACUAAACCCCUGCCCCUAGCUCUGAGCUCAGCUUCUGACAGCCCUGCCCACCCACUCCGCCUUAACCCCUCUCCUGCUGCCCGCCAGCCCGUCCUAGGGGCCGCAGCGUCUGCAUGGGCCCAGCGCCGGGACCCCAGCCCCCCAACUCUGCGCAAUCACAUACUGUAUAUAGACGUGAAUCGAUUUUAUUUUUAUUCUUUAAAUUAAGGUCGUGAUAAAGUGUUGCCAAAGAUACUGCUGAAUUCUCGCGUUUCAGGAAACAAACAAACAAAAAAAAAAAUAUUUGAGGGGGAACGUGCUGACUGGUCAGAAAGGACACAGCAAAACGUUUUUUUGUUUGGUUGUUUGGGGUUUUUUUUGUGUUUUCUUUUUUUGGGGUGUUUUUUUUUUUUUUUAAACUGCCUGGUACAAAAAAAAAAAAAAGAAAAGAAAAACAAAGCGAAAUUGUUAUUUCCAUCAUCUUGGUGAAGUUGCGUGGAUGUGUGUUGUGCGCGCGUGUGCAAGAGUGAGGUCCCGGCCUGGGGUUCCGGGUGGGGGCUCCGGGGGAGGGGGCACUCCGGGGGCAGCCCCCACCCAGAGCCGUCCACCGGCCUGCGGGACCUGGGAGAGAGAGAGGUGAACACCCUUGCUACUGCUCCCUGCCUAGCCUCCCCCACCCCAACCCUGCCCCCGCCUUUUGAGAUUAAGAAAAAAAAAAAAAGGCAAAAAAACAAAAAACAAAAAAAAAACCUUAAAACCCAGUGAAUGUAAAGUGCCGGAGCAGGCCUAGCCUGGCGCGGGUGUGGGCCUGCGCCCAGCCGGGCUCCAGCAGGCCGAACCAAAGUCUGCCCGCCUUGGGUGGCUUGCCCGGGAGACCCCAUGUGGCAUCUCAUCCCGUUUCCGUUUGUAUAUGGCUGUCCCUUUGCUUCCUUCUGGGGAGGGGGGGGCCCCCAGCCCCUUCCAGGGCCUUCUGGGGAGUCUUUGCCUGAGACCCAUCGACCGUGGCGGGAGUGCGGGAGGGGCAGUGUCGGACAAGUGGCACGCGGUGGUCCCACCGAGGCAGGGGCUGGGGCCGGGGUGGGGGUGGGGGGGCGGCCCCCCCCAGGACCAAGGCAGUCCAGGCAGCCAGGAUUGUAGGAGGCCAGACAGAGUGAAAGGAAAAGCAGGACAAAAAAUUUAAAACCCAUAAAAAAAAAAAAAAAAAAAAAAAAAAGCAAAAAUCCUAUUUUUUGAGAAAGAAAGAUAUUUAUAUUUGCAGUUUUAUUUUAAAAAGUUAUUUAAGCUGAGGAAGCAGCCUUCCUGGAGGGGCGGCUGGCGCAGGACGGGUCCGGGCCUGGGGGCUCAGGCGCCCCGGGAGCCAUAACCUCAGAGUUAAGACUAGCUCGUACUAAAUACUUAGAUUUACACGGGGGGUGGGCGGGCAGGGCCAGGAGCUGGAGGGGGCCCGGGAGACCCCCGUCCCGGAGCCGGGGCUGCCUGGAGGCCGCGGCCAGGGGUCCUCAUACCCAGGUUCCCCCCUGCCCCUCCCAGGCCCAGAUACGAGGUGCCUUGGACUUUGGGGGGGCCGGGCCGGUGAAGGGGGGCAGGGGCGGCGCCCGGGGGCACAGAGCACAGAGCAGACAUUCCAUAGACUGUAUCUGAGAGUCUUUAUAAAAGUGUGGGAGAUUAAAAAAAAAAUCAAUUGAUAAAAAUGCACUUUUUGGGGGUGGGGGGGAGAAGCUUUAAAAGUAAUAAAAACAAAAACAAAAAGACAAAAGAUGAAAAACCAGACAAAAAAAUCAUUUUUCUUGUACAUAAAAAACCACUAAACGCAGCCUGUUACGAA